AUGAGAUCCCUCGGCGCAUGGCUUCUUGCUGGAGCCGCUGGCCUCGCCGGCCUUGCCAACGGCCUGGCUAGCACUGAUACCAUUACCUGGGGUGGUGAUAACUCCAGAGCUGGUUACCAGACCAACCACAACAUGGAUCCGUCCGUCGUCGGCAGCAAUCAGUUCGGCCAAGUCUUCAAAGUUCUUUUACCCGGCAACUAUGGCGGUGCCGCCGAACAAAUCUUUUCUCAGCCUCUCGUUUACACUCCCAAGAAUGGCACCACUCAAUACGUUUACUGGGCCACCACCCAAAACAAUCUAUACAAGAUGAACGCCAAAACUGGUGAAAUCGUCGCCCAGCGCAAUCUUCACAUUCCCUUUCUCACCGCCGACCUCGAUGGAUGCGUCGACAUCAACCCCAACAUUGGCAUCACCGCCACCGGCGUCAUCGACCCCGAUACUGAGACCCUUUACCUCACAGCCAAGACUUAUCUCGACCAAACAGUCCUCAACACGGCCCAGGGCCGUCCGGCCGGCCGUUACUACGUCCACGCCAUUGAUGUCAACGACCUGACCGAGCGCCCUAACUUCCCCCUCAACUUGGAAAAUAUCAAGGCCACCAACAACCCGGACCGUAUCUUUACCGGCGGAAUCCACCAUCAGCGCCCUGGCCUGCUUCACGUUGGCGACUACAUAUAUGCUGGUUUCGCAUCCCACUGCGUCCAGUACAACUUCAGCGGUUGGAUCAUUGGCUGGCACAAGACCACCGGCAAAAUUGUCGAGAGCUGGGCUACCGAAGGCGCGAAUGUCCCCAUCACAACCAAGGGUGGUGGUGUUUGGAUGUCCGGUGGUGGUCUUGCCUCUGACAAUGCUGGCUCCAUCUUCUUCGCGACCGGUAACGGAUACGCUUCGCAGCUCUCCACCAUCCCCGUCAAGGGCUUCGAGCCCCCUACCUCCCAGGAAGAGUCUGCUGUUCACAUGACCCUUCAGGCCGAUGGUAGCCUCAAGAUUGUCGACUUCUUCAUGCCCUGGGAGAAGCAGGCCCUCGACGGUGCCGACAAGGAUCUUGGCUGCUCUCCGCUCGAGCUUCUGCCUCCAGAGUUUGGCUGCGGCGACAUCAAGCGCGUUGGCGUUAUUACCGGCAAGAGUGGCAAGACAUACUGGCUGAACAUGGACAACCUCGGUGGUUAUCGCAACGGUCCUGACAAUCGCGAUGCUGUCAUCCAGGUCUACCAAAACGACAACUCGGUUUACGCUGGUGCCGGCGUCUACCCUCUGGAGGGAGGCUACGUUUACAUCAACGUUAUUCAGCAUCCCUCCAACAUCUUCAAGUACUCAUGCGUCAAUGGCGUUCUGACCUUUCCCAAGGUAGCUACCACGGCCGAAACCAACGCUUAUAUUCUCGGUGUUAGCCAUGGUACCACGACCUCGCUCAAUGGUCAACCUGGUACCGGUCUUUUCUGGGUUACUGACGUCCAGGGUCUCGGCCUUCGGAUUUACAAUGCUGUUCCUUCAGGUGGCACGAUGACCAUGAUCAACUCGUUCAGCAUUCCUGGUGUCAACAAGUUUACCCGCCCAGUUUUCGGAGAUGGGCUUGUCUACAUCGGAACCAACCAGGGCUACGUUUACGCAUAUGGUUCGCCUGUUAACGCGCCUCUCAACUGUACCUCGCCUACCGACUUCGGUAAAGCCGACAUCAAGUCCAACAGCACCAGCAAGCAAGUGACUUGCACUGCCAACAUCGAUGUUUCCGUUACUGGUAUCGACCUCAGCGACACUAGGGACUUUGCUCUCGUUACUCCUCCUGCUGUACCAUUCAACGUUGCCAAGGGCAGCUCUUUCAAGGUCUCUGCUACCUUCUCGCCCAGCAAAGUUGGCCUCUUGUCCGCCGAUAUUGUUGUCAACACCACCAACUCAGUCACCGGAUACAGUCUCAAUAGCCAUGCCCGCCUGACCGGCACUGGCGAGAGUACCUCUCCCCUUCUCGACGUCUCCCCCAACACCGUCACGUUUGAUGCUGUCGUCGUUGGUGAAGAUCCCAAUGGUGUCCAGCAGCAGUUCCUCAUCAACAAUCUGGGUAACUCCAAGCUCACCAUCCAGCAGGUUCAGUACUCUGCCAACAACGCUAGUGGACCCUCAUCGACUUGGGAUGGCAACGGCGAUCUGGUUGUUGGACAGUUCACUGUCAAGAACAUUCCUACCACUCUCGACGGUCACAAUACCUCCUCUGUCACCGUCAUCUUUGACUCGUCUAAGAGCGGCACCUACUCUGGCUUCCUCAAGUUUAUCUCAGAUGGCGGUACCAAGUCCGUUUCUCUGGCUGCUUCCGCCGGCCCUGCCGCCAAAGCGGUGCUUGAGUUCCAGACUGUUGAUGGGCAAGGUUGGGUGCAAUACGUCAAGGACAAGCCGUUCGACUUUGGCAACGUUACCGAGAACCGAUCUCGCCCUCUCAAGUUCCGUAUUACCAACGGAGCGCCCUCUGGUGGUGUCAAACUCUCGCUCACCGUCUCCAAGCCUCCCUUCGGAGUUGACGGUCUCAUCAAGGCUGCCAACCAAGUAGACCUCGCCGAGGGAACCUCCCUGGCUCCGGGAGAGAGCGGUACCGCUGUCCUUACUUGUGCCGCCCCCAAGACCCAGUGGAACGUCGACCCUACGAACGGGACUGCCACCUGGACCCUCAACACGAAUGACCCGGACCUGGGUAAGCAGUUUAUUCAGUUCUACUGUACUGCGGUUUCUGAGCAGGCACCUCCUUUGCUUGGUAAUGGCCUGGGCCAGUACCGUUAUAAGGGAUGUUUCCUCGAGAACAACCCUGGCCGCCAGCUUCAGACCCAGCUCUACGGUAAUGACAACAACACCAACGCCAUGUGUAUUGCUGCCUGUGCCGCCGGCAAAUACCUCUACUGUGGUACCCAAUAUCACCGUGAAUGCUGGGCUGGCAACUAUAUUCCUGUUAAACAGGUAGAUGAGCGCAACUGCAACUUUGACUGCUCCGGUGACUUGAACCAGAUUUGCGGCGGCAAUGGUGACGGUACUGCUUCCUACAUUUCGCUCUUCGUUGACUCUACUGGCAAGGAGACUGGACCCCCUACCGCUCCUAGCGUGAAUCCCGGUGUGAGCGGCUACACCAGCAUUGGAUGCUACACGGAGGCUACCAACGGUCGUGCGCUCCCCAACGGGGUUGGCAUUGCCACAAAGACGGUGAAGAGCUGCGUGGAUGCUUGCAAGGUUAGCAAGUACACCUACGCCGGUCUCGAAUAUGGAGGUGAAUGUUGGUGUGGUAACGCUUUCUCUGCCGGUUCUGUUCCUGCGCCCAUUUCUGAUUGCAACAUGGUGUGCAACGACAAUGGCACCGAAUUCUGUGGUGCCGGCUCCCGCUUGAAUGUGUAUCAGCUUGGCAGCGGUAGCACCUCAUCUACUUCCUCUAUUGUUUCGACAGCUGGAACAUCCGCCACUGCGUCCAACGGCAAUGUCACUGUUGCCUCGAGCACGACGACCACGACCACGACAACGACGACCUCGAGCAGCAGCCCUACGCCCACUGGUCCCGCCAGAAAGUCCGUUGUUAGCCAGAACUGGGCGCUUCAGGGCUGCUGGACCGAGGCCACCAACAAGCGGGCCCUGUCCGACAAAACAUACGCUGAUGAUACGAUGACCCUUGAGUCUUGUGCCGCGUUCUGCAAGGGCUACACUUACUUUGGUGUAGAGUAUGGACGGGAAUGCUACUGCGGUAACCAGAUCAACGAUGGUUCCGUUCAGGCCAAGCAGGCAGAUUGCUCCUUUACCUGCCCAGGUGACGGCUCGGAGUACUGUGGCGCUGGAAACCGUCUUGAAUUUUACAAGUACUCCCCGCCCAAUGUGACUGACUACAAUUUCCCGCCGGACAGCUCGUCGAGCACAUCAAGCACCACGCCUACGACAACGUCCACCUCUAGCAGCACAACCACUGCUAUCACCACAAGCACCACCAGCACCACCAGCACCACCACCAGCCCCUCGAGCACCUCCAGCCCCUCGAGCACCUCCAGCCCCUCGAGCACCUCCAGCACCUCCAGCACCUCCAGCACCACCAGCACUUCCAGCACCACCGGCCCCUCCAGCACUUUAUCUAGCAGUGGCAGCUCUAGCAGUGUCACGUCUAGCAGCUCUACGUCAAGCUCGACUACUCCCAGCUCAACGACUUCUACUUCAAGUGUGACCACGUCUUCUACGUCCACGACGACUGCGAAGCCAUCCACAACAACCACCACCACCACUACCAGCUCCUCGACCAGCUCCAGCACUACGACCUCCGCAAAGCCCACAUCAACUACGCCUGUCAUUAGCCAAGGCAACGCCAACUACACCUACUACGGCUGCUUCUCCGAGCCUAACAAGGGUCGCCUCCUUUCUAACCAGGUCUACAACAAUGCGACCGACAUGACGAUUGAGAAGUGCUUACAAAAGUGCGACGCGGCUCAGGCCGGCUACAACUUUGCUGGUGUUGAGUAUGGACAAGAGUGUUGGUGCGGCACAUCGCUGCGAUUGGACGGAGGCCAGUCUGCCAGUCAGCCGGGCAUGAAUGUCACGGGCUCUGACUGCAAAUUCCUGUGCCCUGGCAACAAGACUGAAUACUGUGGUGCCGGAGUCCGACUGAGUACAUACGUGCUUAAGUCAUGGCUCCAAAAGCAGAGCCAGCCAGUCAAGCUCAAAUAUUAA